ACACGCACACUCACACAGGAUCCGCUGUCCGUCGUGGAGAAAACACGCACCGUCAGAAAAUGACCGUGGAGAAAAUCUUCGACGAGCUGGGACAUUUUAAAAAAUUUCAGGCAUGUCUGUACUUCGCCGCCGUCUUCCAGGCCAUCGCUUGCGGGAUCCACUACCUGGCCUCUGUCUUCCUGGUGGAGACGCCAAACUUCGUGUGCGGCGUACCUGACAACAUCACCGACGUCCUGUACGGUAACGUGACGGGAUCUAGUUUAGAAGAAGUCCUGCCUUUCUUCAAGUCGCCGAAACGACCCAUGGUGGUGAGGACGGUCCGAGGGGAUCAGUGGGAGCUGGGCCGAUGCCAACGCGCUCUCCGCACGGACCCCACGGACUUCACGUACGAGUUUGACGGCAACAAAAGCGUGAAAGCCUGCGACGGGACGUUCGUUUAUGACCACAGUGAAGUGCAGCAGAGCAUAGUGACGGACUGGGACCUGGUGUGUGAAAAAGAGUGGCUGGCCAAGCUGUGUCAACCCACCUUCAUGCUGGGAGUUCUGAUUGGUGCGCUGGUGUUUGGAGACAUCGCUGACAGGGUGGGUCGGGUCAGGAUUCUGAUGUUGGCCAGUCUGUGUCAGUUUGGACUGGGGCUGUGUGUGGCCUUUUCUGCAAACUACUAUUUAUUUGUAGUACUGCGAUUUCUGCUGGCAAUGGUCUCCAGUGGGUAUUUGGUCGUAGUGUUCGUCUACGUGACAGAAUUCACCGGCAUCAAAGUACGGACCUGGACCUCUAUGCAUGUGCACGCAGCCUUCGCCGUGGGCAUCAUGGUCGUAGCUCUGACCGGGUACCUGGUUCGAAUCUGGUGGAUCUACCAGAUCAUUCUGUCCACGUGCACGUCUCCGUUCCUGCUCUUCUGCUGGAAAUUCCCCGAGACGCCGUUCUACCUGAUGGCCAAGGGACGCUACAAAGAAACCCAGACCCUCAUAGACACAAUCGCCCGAGUCAACGGCAUUGAGAGCAGGCUGAAGGCCGAGGACCUCCUGGAGCCGGAGGAGCAGAACGGAGUGGCUCUGCUCCAGAAGGAGGAGCAGAUGUCCAAACCAGAGAAGAAGUUAUCCAUCCUGGACCUGUUUGGCAGCUGGAGGAUGGCGGGCCGCACAUGCACGGUGUGGGCCAUCUGGUUCAUCGGCAGCUUGGGCUACUACGUCUUCUCUCUGGGCUCGGUCAACCUGGGAGGAAACCAGUACAUCAACCUCUUCCUCGUUGGUGCAGUGGAGCUCCUGUCUUAUCUGGUCGGCUGUUUUGCAAUGGACCGGAUCGGCAGGAGGAAGACCUGCGCCCCGGCUCUGCUGCUGGCCGGGGUCACAUGUAUGCUCAUCAUAGUGGUUCCUGCUGAGAUCGAGGCGCUGGCCAUCGCUCUCAGUAUGACGGGAAAGUUCGCCAUCGCCAUCGCCUUCGGACUCAUCUACCUGUACACCUGUGAGCUUUACCCGACCAUCAUCAGGUCUCUGGCGGUGGGUAGUGGUAGUAUGAUGUGUCGUGUUGGCAGCGUGGUCGCCCCCUUCUGUGUGUAUCUGGCCGACGUCUGGGUCUAUCUGCCCCAGCUGAUUGUAGGAAUCCUGGCAUUUGUCAUCGGAGUCCUGACGUUAUGGUUACCAGAGACACUGGGCAAGCCUCUAACAACCACCCUGGAAGAAGCUGAAGCUCUGGGACGCACGGCCAAGGAGAAGAAGUUAACCCUAGGCAAUAAAGAUGCCGAAGACGGGUUGGAGAUGAACUAAAAUGACGCCAAAGCCGGAGUCGUAGGCGGCUGGAAAACCGUAAAGACAAACACAGAUGUGUAACGGAAAAAAAAAAGAGAGUGGAAGGAAAAGAGCAGACGAGACGGAUGCCAAAUGUACGAAAACAGUAACAUCAUUGAUUUAGUGGAUUGUUGAAAGAGAACGAGAGAGGGCUUCGAUCAGAACGGACUCAAAUGGGUGUUUUGUCGACAUGUUGUUCCUCAAAGUGACCAGCAGGAGGACGUCGCCUUCAGACAGACUAGAUCAAGUCAGGGGUGUCAAACAUACGGCCCGUGGGCUAAA